ACUUUUUUAAUUAAUUAGUUUAGUUGUUCUGUUAAGAUAGUUUGUAUCACUUUUUGUAGCACUAUAUAUAAUUCAUCUAGUUAUAUCACUUCAUCAAACAAAUACUUAUCAUAUCAUAUUAACAAAAACAAAUACUUAGCAUAGAUAUGGCAGUUCCUGUGAUAGAUUUUAGCACUCUCAAUGGAGACAAAAGAGGUGAAACUAUGGCCCUUUUGCAUGAAGCUUGUCAAAAAUGGGGUUGCUUUCUGAUUGAGAACCAUGAAAUUGAAGGGAAGCUGUUGGAGAAAGUGAAGAAGGAAAUUAAUAGUUACUACGAAGAAAAUCUGAAGGAAAGUUUCUAUAAAUCUGAGAUAGCGAAGAGUUUGGAGAAAAAGCAGAACACUUGUGAUAUCGACUGGGAAAGUUCGUUCUUCAUUUGGCAUCGUCCAACCUCUAACAUUAGGAAAACUUCAAAUCUCUCUGAGGAACUUUGCAAGACAAUGGAUGAGUAUAUUGAAAAGCUAGUUGAAUUGGCAGAGAAAUUAUCUGAGCUAAUGAGUGAAAAUCUUGGUUUGGAGAAAGAAUACAUAAAGAAAGCAUUUUCGGGAAGUGAUGGACCAGCUAUGGGCACAAAAGUGGCAAAGUACCCUGAAUGUCCAUUUCCAGAACUAGUGAGAGGUUUAAGAGAGCACACAGAUGCUGGUGGAAUCAUCCUAUUGCUUCAAGAUGACAAAGUACCUGGUCUCGAAUUCUUCAAAGAUGGAAAAUGGAUAGAGAUACCACCUUCAAAAAACAAUGCAAUUUUCGUCAACACAGGUGAUCAAAUUGAAGUGUUGAGCAAUGGAUUAUACAAAAGUGUUGUGCAUAGGGUGAUGCCUGAUAAGAAUGGAAGUAGACUCUCAAUUGCUAGUUUCUAUAAUCCAGUUGGAGAAGCCAUUAUAUCUCCAGCUCCUAAACUUUUGUAUCCAAGUAAUUAUUGCUAUGGAGACUAUUUGGAGCUUUAUGGAAAAACUAAGUUUGGAGAAAAGGCUCCUAGGUUUGAAUCCAUCAAGAAUAAGGCCAAUGGCCACUACUAGACACUAGUACUGUUACAAUCUUGUGUACCUUAAAAAAUAUUCUUAACACCCUUAAUUUCUAUAUGAUGUAACAAAAUAGCCAAGAAAGGAAAAUGUAACAAGUUUCCUUUCUCCUUUAUUUUCUUUUUUCAUGUUAUAUGAAUAACAAAGA